GGAAGGAAUAGCUGUACCGCUUUUGUGGGUCAGAGCUGGAGAAGAGCCCUGUCUGAAGGGCUUUGAGCUGAACAGAGCCUUGGGGGAGGGCUUGGACUGCCCAGGUUCUUCUUUGCCUUUUCAAGGCUCAAGGCAGGGCCAGGGCCUAGAGAAACUAAACACCCCGCCUCAGCUGGACUUGUUGCUGCUCCGGGGAAAGGCCUUCUCCGGCUGCCCUCUUUGGGAGUUUGGCUGGACUGUGUGCUCCGGCGAGGAAGAGUGAUUUAUUUAAACGCUGCAAGUGGAUAUCGCUUCUUUUGUGAGAUUGGCAAAUUUUGCCUUGGAAUAGUCAAGGCAGAAGGCUCCAGCCAUGCCGCAGACUAGGGGUAGCAGAAUACCCAAGCAAUCCUCACAACAACCCUGUAAAGUGGACCAGGGGGAGAGUUUGUGUGGUGUUGCGAUUAAAGAGAGGCCCAGGCUGAAAUUCCCACUGGUCUAUAGGACUGGCUAGGUUGCCUUGAGCCAUUUUCCUUCUCAAUCUAGCCUACCUCGCUGGAUGCUGGAUGGGAUGAAUUCAUCUUCUUAGUAUUUCUUACUGCAUCAUAGGGAUGCCAGUAUGGAAUAGGAGGCUGGACUGUGGGAUCUGGGCAUGUACUGGACCUGAGCUUGGCUGACAUCAUUUUCAAAAGUGUAAAGGCCAUAUUCAGGAAACAACUAAGACACUAGAGAGCCAUUUGUGAUGUCAUCAGAAAGGAGUAAGCAUGAAACAGAAACAGGGAUCUUUCAAAGUCACAGGAGACCAAAGAGGCACAAGAGAAGCCCAUCAAGGAAUGGAAUGAAGGAAUGCUGUAGUUCUCAGGGUGCCAAAAUGCAUGAACUCCUAAACGCAGGAGAUCCUGAUGGUAAAAGAUGGAAAAAGUGCCUAGGGUAUGUGAAAAUAUCCACAGACAAAUCAGUAUUAAAUAGGUACUGUGGAACCCACACAGGGGAGAAAUCUUAUAAAUGCAUGGAGUGUGGAAAGAGCUUCAGUAACAAUGGAAAAUUUAAAAUACAUCAAAGAACUCACACAGGUGAGAAGCCAUAUAAAUGCACAGAAUGUGGAAAGAGCUUCAGUCAAAUUUCAUACCUCACUUCUCACCAAAGAACCCAUACAGGGGAGAAACCAUAUAAAUGCCUGGUGUGUGGCAAGAACUUCAGUCAGUGUGCAAAUCUUCGACAACAUGAAAGAAUCCACACAGGAGAGAUGUAUCAAUGCACGGAGUGUGGAAAGGGCUUCAUCCAGCGUGGAAAUCUGAAUAUACAUCAGAGAACCCACACAGGGGAGAAACCAUAUAAAUGCUUGGUGUGUGGAAAGAGCUUCAGUCAGAGGGGACAUCUUAAUAUACAUCAGAGAACCCACACAGGGGAGAAACCUCAUCAGUGCAUGAAAUGUGGAAAGAGCUUUAGACACAGUGGAACCCUUGCUCUACAUCAAAGAACCCACACAGGUGAGAAGCCAUAUAAAUGCUUUGUGUGUGGAAAAAGCUUUAGUCACAGGGAAUCUUUUCAUUCACAUCAAAGAACCCAUACAGGGGAGAAGCCUUAUAAAUGCACAGAAUGUGGAAAGAGCUUCUGUUCGAGUUCAUAUCUCACUUUACACCAAAGAACCCACACAGGGGAAAAACCAUAUAAAUGCCUGGUGUGUGACAUGAACUUCAGUCAGAGUGCAAAUUUUCGAACACAUCAAAGAAUCCACACAGGAGAGAAGCCUUAUAAAUGCAUGGUGUGUGGAAAGAAUUUUAAAAUAAGCAAUCUUGCCUCACAUCAAAGAACUCACACAGGUGAGAAACCAUAUGAAUGCUUGGUUUGUGGAAAGUGUUUUAGUCGGCAUCACACCCUUACUAUACAUCAAAGAACCCACACAGGGGAGAAACCAUAUAAAUGCUUGGUGUGUGGAAAGAGCUUCAGUCAGAGGGGACAUCUUAAUAUACAUCAAAGAACCCAUACAGGGGAGAAGCCUUACAAAUGCAUGGCGUGUGAAAAGAAUUUUAGACUAAGUAGCCAUCUUGUCUCACAUCAAAGAACCCACACAGGUGAGAAACCAUAUAAGUGUAUGGAAUGUGGAAAGAUGUUCGGCAGUAGUGCAACCCUUUACAUACAUCAAAGAAUCCACACAGGGCAGAAGCCAUAUAAAUGCAUGGAGUGUGGUAAAAGCUUUAGACGGAGUGGUCACCUCACUAUACACCAAACAACCCACACAGGGGAGAAACCAUAUAAAUGCUUGGUAUGUGGAAAGAGCUUCUGCCAUGGAGGAUACUUUAGAAAACAUCAAAGAACACAUACAGAGGAGAACCCAUAUAAAUGCAUGGAGUGUGGAAAGAGCUUCAGUAACAGCAGAGCAAUGACUGUUCAUGAAAAUGCCCACAGAGGUGAGAAGCCAUAUAAAUGCUUGGAUUGCGGUAAGAGCUUCAGGCAGAGUGGAUCCCUUUCUUCACAUAAAAGAACCCAUACAGGGGAGAAACCUUUUAAAUGCAUAGAGUGUGGAAAGAGCUUCAGUCAGAGUGGGUCUCUCAGUGUACAUAAAAGAAUUCACACGGGUGAGAAACCAUAUGCAUGCAUGGAAUGUGGAAAGACCUUUAGCACUGGUACCAACCUUACUGCACAUCAUAAAACCCACUCUGGCAGAAAAGUCCCACAAUAGUUGGGAUAGUUGACAGGCAUUACCAUAAGAGAACUCAUCACAUGGGAUGCCAGGCUAUGUACAUAAAGGAGAGGCCAUUUAAGCGCAUGUGUGGAAGUAGCUUCUGUCAAUACUCAAGUCUUAUUAAAGAUUAUAGACCUCAGUCCGGAGAAAAACUAUACAAAUACUGGGAGAUCUAAGUACAAUGCAAACCAUAGAAAUGCUCACUGUAUGGCCAGCAUCCUGUUUUCACAGUGGCUAGCCAGAUGCCUAUAGGAAGUUCCCAAGCAAAACCUGAGGCAACAACAUUCUCUCCCCACCUACAAUUUCUAGCAUCUGGUAUUUGGAAGCAUACUGCCCCAGACUUUGGAGACAGAACAUAGCCAUCAUGGCUACAAGACACUGAUAGUCUUUGCCUGAUCCUCUUUUAAAGCCAUCCAAUUUGGUGGUCAUCACUGCCUCUUGUGGGAGUGAAUUCCAUAGUUUAACUGGCCAGGUUUUAUCAGGUUUGGCAGUUAUUUGUGAUUUUAACCUUUCUGUAUAUGCUUUUAUAUUGAGUGUACUAUAUAUUUUCUUACUGUACAUCACCCAGAGUGGCCGGUCAACCUGCCAGAUGGACGUCUAAUAAAUCAAAUAAA